UGAUUUAUACUUUAUAUAGUUCAAGACAUAAUUACUUCAUUCAACUUAAAUGAGUCUGUUUUUUUAUAAACAAAAAAGUUUAUUAUUAUUGCUUUCCUACUGUAAAUAAUUGGUAAAUACCAAUUUUUUUGUUUACAAAAGUAAAACGAUUAUUAGUUGAGAAACAUGUCUCAUACAAUUCUUCUUGUACAACCAGGCAAUAGGCCUGAAACAAGAACCUAUUCGGACUAUGAAAGUGUAAACGAAUGUAUGGAAGGUGUCUGCAAAAUUUAUGAGGAACACUUGAAGAGGCGAAAUCCAAAUACAUCAAUAAUUACGUAUGACAUUAGUCAGCUAUUCGAUUUUGUUGAUCAACUAACAGAUUUAUCUUGUUUGGUGUACCAAAAAUCGACCAAUACAUAUGCUCCAUACAAUAAAGGUUGGAUCAAAGAUAAAAUAUAUAUAUUGCUCCGAAGAGACGCAGGUCAUUAGAAAUAAUUAAAUUGGUAAAAAAAAAAGAGGCAUACUUUUAUCUCAUAAUUAAAGAUAUUUGAAAGCAAUUACAUUUUCAUAAGAACAUAUAUAUCGUGUAUAUUAUUUGUUAAUCUUACACUUUCAUGUCAAGUACACAUACAUAUAUAUCUCAUUUUAUAUGAAUAUUGCGUUCUUUUUUUUGUAAUAUCAUCAUGUACUUAUAAUUAGUUUGUAAAGAAAAAUUUCACGAAUUUCUUGUGUAAAAAAAAAUUGAAUUUUAAGUUAAAAUGUCAAUUUAUUAUUUUUUUUUUCAAAAUUGUACUAUGUAUCUUUAAUAUAAAAGUUCUUAAUUUUGUAUAUUAUAAAUACAUAUAAUAAUAAUCAAUUUUUCAUUAGCAAAA